UUGAGUAAUUCGAAAAACGCGGUAUCGUGGUAAGCUAAGCGGACAGCAAAACUAUAAUAACGCUUCAUUAUCUACGAUUUUGGGAACUGGAUUUGAAAAUUGGCAGCCAGGGAAAGGAAUAAUGGAAUUCACGGAUAUCAACUCUACAGCAGGUCACGGGAAGUUCAACCAGCUAGGUGGAGUUUUUGUAAAUGGCAAACCACUUCCAAACUCCGUUCGUCAACGAAUCAUCGAAAUGGCUGAACUCGGAAUCCGCCCAUGUGAUAUCAGCCGGCAACUGAAAGUUUCACAUGGCUGCAUCAGUAAGCUGCUUUCCAAAUACAACGACACUGGAUCGUUUGAACCCGGCCGCGCGCAGAGGAAGACAUCGAGAGAUGUGAGCUCGGAAGUGAAGAACAAAAUUGAGGAGUAUCGCCGCGCAACGCCAGGAAUCUUCUCCUGGGAAGUCAAAGAAAAGCUAAUGGCUGACGGUUAUUGCACUAAGGAAAGUCUGCCACCCUUAACUGUCAUCAGCAGGAUGCUAAGAAGGGUCAAGUCAACUGGAAGUGACUAUAUGGAAAAGUCUGAGGGAGAAAACAGUGACGCAGAGAGUGAGGGUGAUACUUCGAGCACAAACAGUGGGGAUGCUGGAAAACCCAAGCCUAGACCCAAGAGAAGAUCAUUCUCCAUUGCUAAUAUCCUCAGUAUCAACGAGGAGACAAGAACUGUCAGCUUGAGUCCUUCCACGUCAUCUUCCUCUCAAGAAGAGCCGGAAUCGACUUCCUCGUCACCAGCUGCAGUAAGUGCCAGCGACAUUGCCUCCAUUACAAGUGGGAUGCAAAAGCUGAGACACUACAGAAGACGAAAUCGAACAAAGUUCACUCCACAUCAAAUUCGAGAACUGGAGAAAGCCUUCGAGAAAACACAAUACCCGGAUGUGCUGACUCGCGAGGAACUUGGAGAAAGAUUGGACAUCAGUGAAUCGAGAAUUCAGGUCUGGUUUUCCAAUCGUCGAUCAAAAGGAAAAAGAACAAACCAAAAGAUGGAGGACACAAACAGUGACCAAGACAGAGCGGUAGAAUCCGAUGACUCGAGCAACAGAAGUCGUAUAUUCUACCCCUCGUACACGCCUGUUCCUGUGAUACGAUAUGCACCCUACCAUCCAGCUUAUGCGUACCUGUGCUUUAGACCAGGUUAUGACAGUAGUUAACAAAACAACACAGAAAACAAAAUUUCGCUCAGCAUUUUCAGUGUGUAAAUAAAUUGUAAGGAAUCGGAAAAGGUAAAAUUGCUUAAUCUGCGCUGGUUAAAAUUUCAGGACCAUCAGAGUCAAAUUAGGUCUGCUUUUAGAUCUUAUUACUGAUUUCUGUGUACAUCAUACGACAAACAAAGAAAGACCACGAAUUUGAAUCUUCCAUGUUUCCUUUGUAAUCCGAAUUGAUACUCGCAACCUAAUUUACAACUUCAUUUUAAGAAGAGGUGUUCCGUACUGAUAACGGAGAUGAGAAGCUUAGUUAUUCACGAGAAAAGCAGUAUCAUAAAGUAAAUACCAUUACGUAUUAUCUUCAAUAACAAAACCUUACUUGGCUUAGUCGGUAAAUAACAUGGAAAAUUCAAAUUCAUCACAACCGUGUGCGGUAGUUUGUUUAAGUUUGGUAAGCCUCUUUGGUGUAAUACUGUUGACCAGACGGAUUCAACUAAAGAUGAAACGUAAAUAAAGUACUGCUGGACAGGACGAUAGCUACAAAGUAAAUUAUGGGACUGGCUGCAUAUAAGGGUCUAAAAUAAACCUAAAGCAAAUGGUAGUUUUUAGCAAGUCAUUAAGAUAUAACUACACUGUUAAAUUAAAUAAAAUCGAAAAACUUAACAAGAGGAAAGCUCACAUGAACCGUACAUCGAUGAUUCACGUUUUGAAAAGUUUUACAAUCACUGUUCUUAUGUCGGUGAAAUGUUACCAAGCAGAUAGAACUGAAAUAAAAUAUUUUGUCUUGAGUAGA